AGGAGCGAGAUUGAGAGAAAGACAAAGAUUCAUAAAACAAACAGAUUUUCAGAGGACCAGAAAGUUCUUAGGAUAUAUAACAUUGGCUGUCAAGGCUUUGAGGAUGGGAAGCUUUCGGAAAGCAGUUCUUUUCUGCAGUUUCCAAGUACUUGUUGCUGUUGUCUGGGCUCAACAGACUGAGGUCACAUUCAAUCAGAAUGAUGAAAAUGAUCCGAACGCACUUGCUGAAGCCCCUCCAGACUGUCGGGAAGAGACAUACCCUUGCACCCGGAUGUACUCUGUCCACCGCCCCAUUAAGAGGUGUAUUCACUCUCUCUGUCUCUACAGCAUUCCACGAGUCUACGUGAUCAACAAGGAGAUCUGUGUGAGAACAGUCUGUCAACAGGAAGAGAUACUUAAAGCGGAACUUUGCAGAGAGAAAUCCGGAUGGCCCAAACGGCUUCAGAGGUCAACCAAAAAACGCUGUCGCCUUGGAAACCCCAAAACCUGGAAAAACAGCAACUGAAGC